AUGCCGCCCGGAAGUGUUUCGCCGAUGCAUCGAACAGUCAGUCUUGAUUAUGGCGUUGUGUUGGAAGGGGAGGUCGAGCUUCUGCUGGACUCGGGGGAGACGAGGCUGCUCAAACAUGGCGAUGUUCCCGUUCAGCGGGGGACGAACCAUGCGUGGAGAGUGCCGAGUAGGACUUCCUGGGCCCGCAUGUUGUAUGCGCUGCAGGAAUCACAGCCUCUGGUGUUUAAUGGCAGCCCCCUUGGAGAGGAUUAUGGGAAGGGUAUGGGUGAUGUGAGGCCUUCCGGCCGGCAAAGGGGCCUCUGA